CAAAACCCGCCCCUCCCUGCUCCCUCCUCCCUCCUCCCUGUGCGUGUGUGCCGAGCAGCGCAGCUUCUUUUUAACCCCUGCCAUCGUCCGCUGAACACCCUUCGCUUUUUAAUCUCUGACCAGCAGACCGGGGACUUUUAACUCUUACCUCUCUCUUUUUAACCGAAUUGCGUGUGCGCACUCGUGCUCUUUUCUUCGGUGCAUCGGCCAGAUGGAGGACUACCACAAACCGGACCAGCAGACGGUGCAGGCGCUCAGGAACAUCGCCACCCGACUCCGGGUCAACUCCAUCAAGGCGACCACUGCAGCGGGCAGCGGUCAUCCUACAUCAUGUUGCAGCGUGGCAGAGAUCAUGUCGGUGCUCUUUUUCCAUUCCAUGAAGUACCGACCUGAGGAUCCACGGAACCCCAACAAUGACCGAUUCAUUCUGUCCAAGGGUCAUGCUGCUCCUGUGCUUUACGCUGUCUGGGCAGAGACUGGCUACCUGAAGGAGAAUGAGCUUCUCAACCUCCGGAAGGUUGACUCCAUCCUGGAAGGCCACCCUGUGCCGAAGCAGCAGUUUGUGGAUGUGGCCACUGGAUCUCUGGGUCAGGGGCUGGGAGCCGCCUGCGGAAUGGCCUACACUGGAAAAUACUUUGACAAGGCCAGCUACCGGGUAUUCUGCCUACUGGGCGAUGGGGAGCUGUCCGAGGGAUCGGUGUGGGAGGCCAUGGCUUUUGCCUCCUACUACCAGCUGGACAACCUCGUGGCCAUCUUAGACAUCAACCGGUUGGGUCAGAGCGACCCAGCUCCACUGCAGCAUCAUGUGGAGAAGUACCAGCGACGCUGUGAGGCUUUUGGUUGGCACUCCAUCAUUGUGGAUGGUCACAGUGUGGAGGAACUUUGUAAGGUCCUGAGUCAACCCCGACACCAACCACUUGCCAUCAUUGCAAAGACCAUAAAGGGCAAGGGCAUCCCAGCGGCUGAAGAUAAGAUGGGCUGGCACGGCAAGCCUCUGCCCAAAGACAUGGCUGAAAGUGUGAUUAAAGAGCUGCAGAGCCGCCUCGUCAGCUGCAACAAACGUCUCUAUCCUGCUCCACCCAACGAGGACUCCUCCCCCGUGAGCCUGCGCAACAUCCGCAUGCCAAGUGCCCCCAGCUACAAACCUGGAGACAAGAUUGCCACGAGGAAGGCGUACGGGAUGGCUCUGGCCAAGCUGGGCCGUUACAACGAGCACGUGGUUGUUCUGGACGGCGACACCAAGAACUCCACCUUCGCUGAACUUUUUAAAAACGAGCACCCCAACCGCUACGUGGAGUGCUACAUCGCAGAGCAGAACAUGGUGAGCGUGGCGAUCGGUUGUGCUGUCCGAGACCGUAAUGUGGUGUUUGCCAGCACCUUCGCCACAUUUUUUACCCGAGCCUAUGACCAGCUCCGCAUGGCCGCCAUCUCUGAGAGCAACAUCAACCUCUGUGGCUCCCACUGUGGGGUCUCUAUUGGUGAGGAUGGACCAUCUCAGAUGGGCCUGGAAGACUUGGCCAUGUUCAGAGCCAUUCCCACCUCAACUGUCUUCUAUCCAAGUGACGGUGUCUCGACUGAGAAGGCUGUUGAGCUGGCAGCCAAUACAAAGGGGUUGUGUUUCAUCCGAACAAGCCGCCCAGAGAACAAUGUCAUCUACAACUGCAAUGAAGACUUUCAUGUUGGACAGGCUAAGGUGGUGUAUAAAACCAAUGACGACCACGUGACUGUGGUGGGAGCUGGAGUUACCCUUCAUGAGGCUUUGGCUGCCGCUGAACUGCUGAAGAAAGAGAGAGUUAACAUCCGUGUGAUUGACCCGUUUACCAUCAAACCUCUUGACUCCAAGACCAUUAUCGACAAUGCGAGGGCCACCAGAGGACGCAUCAUCACAGUGGAGGACCACUACUAUGAAGGUGGUCUCGGUGAGGCAGUGUGCUCAGCGGUGGUGAACGAGACCGGUUUCACCGUCCACCGCCUGGCGGUUUCUCAGGUGCCCCGCAGCGGUAAGCCCCAGGAGCUUCUCCGAAUCUUCGGGAUUGACCGCGAUGCCAUCGCCCAGUUGGUGCGCAAAGUGGUCAGCAGCUCCACCAACGCCAAGUAGGAAGGCCUCCGCACGGCCAGCGGCAGGAAGAAAACGGUAAACGCCUCUGUGGUCAAUGUGGGAUCACCAUGGAGACAACAAACAAUUGAAACCAACACAGUAGGAUGGGGGGGGGCUUUUCUCCCACUCAUGUUCUCCUCCUCGUAGAACAAUCGAAACCCUUGGUUAAGAAAAAAAAUAAUAAUAAAAAAAGAUUUUCCUUUAACUGUUAUCAAUGUGGUCUGACACUCCCACCCCAGAUUUUUGCCCCACCUGUUUUUGAGCCCAGUAAACACGCCUCCACCCCUUCACAUAUAUCCACACACCUCCAUCCUCUAUUUUCUUCCUACCUCUCAGAGAAAGUUCUGGUGCUGCUGUGGUGUUUCAGUGAAGCAGUGAAUGUGGUUUUGAGUCCAGCCUUUCUUUAUCACCUCUGUGGAACCCUCCUCACUUCUCGGGUUGGGCGUCUGCACCCAGUGUGACCGUGUAAAUCCACCCCACUAGAACCUGCAGGGUGUGGAGAAACUCUGGUUUGGUCUGUUUGAGCACUGACUGUUUUUAAACUCUUUUUGACUCUGACUUUGGUUGGGAUUACUUCACACAUAAUAAAGGGAUGGUUUCUUCACAGUUCAU